AUGGAAGAGAUGGAAGAAGAGCUAAAAUGCCCUGUGUGCGGUUCCUUUUACCGGGAGCCUAUCAUCCUGCCUUGCUCGCACAACCUGUGCCAGGCGUGCGCCCGCAACAUCCUGGUGCAGACGCCGGAGUCGGAAUCGCCGCAGAGCCGCCGCGCUUCGGGCUCAGCGGUAUCCGACUAUGACUACCUGGACCUGGAUAAGAUGAGCCUGUACAGCGAAGCGGACAGUGGUUACGGUUCCUACGGAGGCUUCGCCAGCGCUCCAACCACCCCUUGCCAAAAAUCCCCUAACGGCGUCCGCGUCUUCCCACCGGCCGCCCCACCGCCCCCAGCUUCCUUGGCCCCUCCGCCUCCUCCCCGCAACGCUUGCCUGACCUGUCCGCAGUGUCACCGCAGCCUCGUGCUGGACGAGCGCGGGUUGCGGGGUUUCCCCCGCAAUCGGUUGCUGGAAGGUGUCAUCGAUCGCUAUCAGCAAGGCAGGGCGGCGGCUCUGCGCUGCCAGCUCUGCGAGAAGGCUCCCAAGGAGGCGGCCGUCAUGUGCGAGCAGUGCGAUGUCUUCUACUGCGAUCCCUGUCGCCUGCGGUGUCACCCGCCGCGGGGACCGCUGGCCAAGCAUCGCCUGGUCCCACCGGCCCAGGGUCGGGUUAGCCGUCGCCUCAGUCCCCGCAAGAUCUCCACCUGCACUGACCAUGAGCUGGAGAACCAUAGCAUGUACUGCGUGCAGUGCAAGAGCCCCGUCUGCUACCAGUGCCUGGAGGAGGGCAAGCACUCCAGCCAUGAAGUCAAGGCCUUGGGUGCCAUGUGGAAGCUCCAUAAGAGCCAGCUUUCCCAGGCCCUGAAUGGGUUGUCAGACAGAGCCAAGGAAGCAAAAGAGUUCCUGGUCCAGCUCCGCAACAUGGUGCAGCAAAUCCAGGAGAACAGCGUGGAGUUCGAGGCCUGCCUUGUGGCCCAGUGUGAUGCCCUCAUUGAUGCCCUCAACAGAAGGAAAGCCCAGCUGCUGUCCCGGGUCAACAAAGAGCACGAGCACAAGCUGAAGGUGGUGCGAGACCAGAUCUCCCACUGCACGGUCAAGCUGCGCCAGACCACGGGCCUGAUGGAGUAUUGCCUGGAGGUCAUCAAGGAGAAUGACCCCAGUGGCUUCCUGCAGAUCUCAGAUGCCCUCAUCAGAAGAGUUCACCUAACUGAGGACCAGUGGGGGAAGGGGACACUCACACCCCGGAUGACGACGGACUUCGACCUCAACCUUGACAAUGCUCCUCUGCUGCAGUCCAUCCAUCAGCUCGACUUCGUGCAGAUGAAAGUUUCCUCUCCAGUGCCGGCCCCCCCGAUCCUGCAGCUGGAGGAGUGUUGCACCCACAACAACAGUGCCACCUUGUCCUGGAAGCAGCCCCCCUUGUCCACGGUGCAGGUGGAAGGUUACAUCUUGGAGCUGGAUGAUGGCAACGGAGGCCAGUUCAGGGAGGUGUAUGUGGGCAAGGAGACCAUGUGCACAGUGGAUGGGCUUCACUUCAACAGCACCUACAGCGCACGUGUCAAAGCCUUCAACAAAUCAGGAGUCAGCCCCUACAGCAAGACCCUGGUCCUCCAGACAUCUGAGGACACGCAGUCAGAAGAACAGACCCUCCCUUUUCCAGUGCCUUUGGAAAGAUCGCAGCUUCGUAGAAUGAGUCCUUUCUCCUCCACCCUUAAUCUACAACCCAGCUUUCCGGGGAGAUCCUACUUUGAGCUAAGAUCUUCGGCCCACCAGCUGAGCUUGCAUUCUUCUUUACAGUCCCUGAAUUCAGCCGGAUGCAAUUUUGAGACCCAAGGAACGCCUUACUCCCAACUAGUUGACAUUAAAAAAAUGGUGGCAGUUGCUUGGUUCUCUUUCGAUCCUGCCUCCGCCCACGCUGACAUCAUCUUUUCUAAUGACAACCUGACUGUCACCUGCAACAGCUAUGAUGACAGGGUUGUGCUGGGGAAAACAGGCUUCUCCAAGGGGCUCCAUUACUGGGAGCUCUCCAUCGACCGCUACGAUAACCACCCUGACCCAGCCUUCGGCGUGGCGCGCAUCGAUGUCCUGAAGGACGCCAUGCUGGGCAAGGACGACAAAGCCUGGGCCAUGUACGUGGACAACAACCGCAGCUGGUUCAUGCACAACAACUCGCACACCAACAGAACCGAGGGUGGGAUAACAAAAGGUGCCACCGUGGGAGUGCUGCUGGACUUGACAAGAAGGACUUUGACAUUCUCCAUCAACGAGGACCAGCAGGGGCCUGUUGCCUUUGAGAACCUGGAGGGCCUCUUCUUCCCUGCAGUCAGCCUCAACAGGAACGUGCAGGUGACACUGCACACCGGCCUGCCGGUCCCUGAAUUCUACACUUCGCGCUCGGCCAUGCCGUGA